UAUUAUUCUUUUGGGCCUUUUGGAAUAUCUGUGUGUUAUUAUAAAUACCCUUCUUGUUCUUCAAAUCUAGAGAGAACAAGCUUGGGAGAUUUGUGGGCUUCAAAAAUACAAAUAGUCUGCAAAUAGUCUAUUAAAAAAUAGAGAUUGAUUAUGGCACCCAUAGGUGUUCAACUGGAAAUAGAAGAGAAUUAUGUUCAUAUGGACAAUGGGUUUUUGAAGGUUACUUUGUCUAAGCCAGAGGGAAUUGUUACUGGGAUCGAGUAUGGGGGAUUAAACAAUUUACUGGAAAUAGCUAACCAUGAAGACAAUAGAGGUUAUUGGGAUAUGGUUUGGAGCGAGCCUAAUGGGCCUGGCAUCUUUGAUGUGAUUAAGGGAAGUGACUUUAGUGUAAUACAAGCUGAUGAUAAUCAGGUGGAGUUGUCCUUCACCAGAACAUGGGAUCCUUCCCAACAGGGUAAAUUGGUUCCAUUAAAUAUAGAUAAAAGGUUUGUUUUGCUUAGGGGUUGUUCUGGUUUCUAUACAUAUGCUAUCUAUGAACGACCUUCAGGGUGGCCAGGUUUUGUUCUAGGGGAAACUCGGAUAGCCUUCAAACUCCGCAAAGAUAAAUUUCAUUACAUGGCAAUAGCUGACGAUAAGCAGAGGAUAAUGCCCAUGCCUGAAGAUAGAUUGCCAGGCAGGUGCGAGCAACUAGCAUAUCCUGAAGCCGUUCUUCUCACAAAUCCUAUUAACAAAGAUCUUAAAGGCGAGGUUGAUGACAAAUACCAAUAUUCAUGUGAUAAUAAAGACAACAGAGUUCAUGGGUGGAUAAGCUUUGAUACCAUGGUCGGUUUUUGGAAUAUUACACCUAGUGAUGAGUUUCGUAAUGGUGGUCCUCUCAAGCAAAACCUCACAUCUCACGUGGGACCAACAACUCUUGCGAUGUUUCAUAGUGGCCAUUAUGCCGGAGAAGAUCUUGCCCCUAAAUUUGAAGAUGGAGAAGCUUGGCAAAAAGUUUUUGGUCCAAUUUUUAUUUAUGUUAAUUCAUGUAUGAGUGGAUCAGAUCCACUAACACUUUGGGAGGAUGCAAAGCAACAGAUGCUUCUAGAAGUAAACAGUUGGCCUUAUAGGUUCCCUGCAUCUUCAAAUUUUCCAAAGACCGAAGAACGUGGAAUGGUUCGUGGUAAACUCUCAAUUAAGGAAAGAUUUAUUGAAACAGAAGUUAGACCUGCAAAUUCUGCAUAUGUUGGUUUAGCUCUUCCAGGAGAGGAUGGAUCUUGGCAAAGAGAGAGCAAGGGCUAUCAAUUUUGGACAACUACUGAUAGUGAUGGUAGCUUUACCAUUAGAAAUAUUCGAGUUGGAGAUUAUAAUCUGUAUGCUUGGGUGCCUGGGGUGAUUGGAGAUUACAAAUAUGAAGUGAAUAUAAGUGUACUUGCAGGUUAUAAUUUUGACUUAGGUGAGCUUAUAUAUGAACCACCAAGAGAUGGUCCAACAAUAUGGGAGAUUGGCUAUCCUAAUCGUUCUGCAAUGGAGUUUUAUGUUCCAGAUCCAAAUCCUAAAUACAUUAAUAAGCUUUACUUAAAUCACCCAGAAAAGUUUAGGCAAUAUGGAUUAUGGGAGAGAUAUGCAGAGAUAUAUCCAGAUAAAGACUUAGUAUAUACAAUAGGUGUUGAUGACUUCAAAAAAGAUUGGUUUUUUGCCCAUGUUACCAGGAGGCAAAAAAAUGAUAAAUACCAAGCAACAACAUGGCAAAUAAAGUUUGAACUUUCUGAUGUGAUAAAAGAUGGAGUGUACAAAUUACGCAUAGCCCUUGCAUCAUCUACUCUUUCAGUACUUCAGGUUCGAUUUAAUGAUCCAAAUGGUGUUCAUCCACUUUUUGAGACGCCAAGAAUUGGAAGAGACAACUCAAUUGCUCGACACGGAAUUCAUGGAUUAUAUUGGUUAUUCAAUGUAGAUGUACCAAGUUCAUUGCUUAAAGAAGGAGAGAAUACUCUUUUUCUCACACAAUCAAAAAAUACAGGUCCUUUUACUGGAAUUUUAUAUGAUUAUAUACGACUAGAAAAACCUCAACCAAAUAGUUCAAACUAAUACACAAAAGUCUAUAGAACAAAAUUCUCAAAUUUUAAAUUUAUCUAUUUAUUUGUGGAUAAUUGAUACAUAUAUUCUAAUAUUUUUUCAUGACAAAGUUAUGAAAAUGUAGUACACACCUCAAAAUGUAUUUUAAAUUAUUAAUCUUAUAAAAAAAUGAUUUUAUAUCAUAUG